AUCGAUGCUCGCUAACUCAAUCGACGCCUAAUUGAAUAUUCCCGCAUUGUAAACCAGCGAUUCUCGGUAUAACUUCGAAUUAAACGAGUUCGCUUCGAGAAUCGUCGAUCGGAAGAAGAAGAAAAAACCGCGUCGAGAUACUCUGACACAGAUAAUCCACAGUGAUGCAACUUACGAUUAAUAAUUUACGAGGGCGUUUACUAUUUGUGUGUCUACUUAUGCGAACGCGCGGCGAGAGGAACAAUAGUGGGAGACUCCACUUGCAUAAGAACGGAGACUUGCUCCAGAAACUUGGCAGUCGGUCUUCGCAUGUGGGACAGUUGUGCUUGGGUAUAUCGAGUGAAAGUGACGAACUGCAGUGGAUUAGAAUGAAGGUAUUUCUGGGUCUUUUGGUCGCAUUCUCGGUGGUGAGCUUCGCCUUUGCUGCCGAGUGCAAGACUAGCCUUACGGUAAUCCAGCCGAAAGAAGACGUCGCCGUGGACAACCAGCGCUACGUCAUGAUAAACAUCCCGGGCUUCGAGCAGAACGCCACCUCGGUCGAGUGCCUGUCCGGCCAGACGUGCGCCAAGGGAAGCUGCCAACAGGACUACAAGCUCCACCAGUUCCUUACCGUGCCGCACGGCAAGAGCCAGUUUAGCCUCGACGAACUGCAGUUCAGAUUCUUCAGGCUGCCUUACGGCUGCAAGUGCGGCGCUGCCUGAUGAGAAGAUGUUUUUUAUUAUGUUGUAAAUAAUACUUGCUUUUUAUCGAAAAUAAAACGGAUGAUUACUGACCUUA